CUGGGUUCUGCAAGGGGAAGUCGGUGGGUCGGGCCCCACAAGCCCUUCCCCAGCCUGCAGGGUGGGGUGGGAGUGUUUACAGGCAGGGGGCUGGGGGGCUGCGGUUGGGACUUUCCCUAAGUCAUUUCCUGUUGCUCUGGGUCUUGCCACUUCCGCCCCCCACCCACCUCCCCCUUCGCCCGCCCGCCCCCCACGCUGCUCCCGGAGGGGCAGGGGGUCCCUGAGCUUAACCAGGUGUGGGGGAAGAACGGAGAGAGCCGGAGCGGCCCGGGGAGGGGGCACCGCGCAGCCGCCGUGAGCCGCCCGGGACCCCGCCUGGAUGAGGGGAGGUCAGGGGCAGGCGGGCCAGGCGCUGCUGAGGCCGGAGGCGCCCACCACUCGGCCGGCCCAGCCCCUGGACAGCGCUCCCCGGCCGUGCCGCCCGCCCCGCCCGAGCCGCCGCCCGCGCGCCCCGCUUCUCGGCUCCGGGGCCCGCGAGGACGGGACCCUAGACCCGGUACCCGUACCGCGGGCCCCGCCAGGGGGCUUCGGCCCCGUCCCCGCUUGGAAGCCCGCCCGGGAGGACGGCCGCUGGUCCCGGAGCCCCGGCCGAGAGCGACGGGCGCAGGCGCUGGGCGUCGGGACCCCCGCGGGCGGCGGCCCUCGCGCCUGCACCCCCACCUCGGCGCCCGGGUUCGUGAGGCGGAUGCAGGCCCCCUCCCCGGCCCGUCCGCGGGUCUCACCGGGGCCCCGGCCUGGGCUGCGGGGCGGGGGUCGGUCUCCGGGGGGCGCCUCGGGUGCGAGGAGGGCGCGGGCGCGAGCUGCCGCCGCUGCCAGUGGUCCCCGUGCGGCCGCCGCCGCCACCGCCUUAUCGCGGCACCGCCCCCGCCGGCCCCCGCCCCGCGCCCGCCCAUUGGCUCCGCCGCGCCCGGAGCCGCCUCCGGGGCCCCCGCGCCGCCGCCGACCCCCUCUGCGCUUUGUCUUUCCCUCGCUCGCCGUCCCCUGCCUUUGUCUGCCCCCCGCCCCGACCCCGCGCUCCCGGCACUCGCACCAUCCCCGCGGGCCCCGCGCUUUGCCCGCCGCCCGUCGGUUGAGACGCCGGGGGUCCCGGGACAAAUGGCGCUCCGGCGACGCCCCUUGGGCGAAAAAGGAUAACCGGAGUGCCCUUGGGCCUUUAGGUGCCUCAGUUUCCCCCGGUUGGCCCUCGGGCCCGCCCGGAUCUCCGUGGGCGCUGAGGUUUGACAGACCCCGCGGGGGCGGCCCGGUCCCGGCUCCCACGCCCCCGCCGGCCGCGGAGUCCUCCCGCCGCCAGGGGCCGCCCCCAUACGGCCGCCCGAGGAAGGUGGCCGCGGCUGCUGGCACGCGGUCCAGGCACGCCAGGCUGCGAGGCCGGCGCCCCUGUGUCCUGUCACCUUGGGCCGCGGGCUCACCGAGUGCCAGUCUACACGAGAGGUCCAGCGGACCACCCCCACUCCCCAGCGCCUUCUCGGGCGACCCCAUAGACAAGGUACCCGGGAUCACCAAAGGCAGCAGCCCUCCAAGGCCCCCCGUCCUAAAACGUUUGUGGCCGGUUUUUGUGGCAUUAGUCACCCCAGGUUCCUGCGGGCGGGCACUAUUGCCUGCGAGAAAUCAGGGGCUCUCCCCUUCAGGGAAGGAAAUUUACAUCCGUCAAACAAGCAAAUCUCGGUGUCCCCUGACCCCAUUUAACACAAGGGAGCGAGGCCUGAAGAUGUGA